GACCUUCUCUCUUCCCCCUGGUUCUGGGCUUGGGCACACCUCCAACUCUGUAAAGGUGACAGUGAGUCUCUCAGCCCGGAGCUAAAAGAGAAGGAAUUCAGUGUUCCCCCAGGCUUCUUGGGAAAGAUGUCCUCUGCCUGGAAGGCAGGAAGAGUACAACAGGGUCCUGGGAAAGGGAAGAAAAAAGUGACCAACCCUCCAGCUCAGAAGGGGAGUGAAGAAAGGGAGUGGAUUGCAGAGGUUGUUGCCAGUCUGGGAGACCUAGUACUGCUUGGCCAAGGAAGUCUUGGCUGGUGGAAAAACCUGGCUUGAUGUGGCCCCAGGGAAGUGAGUUGGACUGGGGGCGGAGAUUGCUCUGAUGUGGGAAGCAGAACUGAGCAGAGCUUUUUUUUUUUUUUUCCUUUGAGAGUUUUUAACUAUCUGAACCAUAGACUUGACACCACCCCCAUCACCCCCAUGGCACUUAAAAAGAAAAACAUUCACUUCCCAUUCUGCACCAACCUCAGUUUCCCUGUUGUGGAAAGAAAACAAUCAGAGAGGCACUUACCAAUACCCAUCUAGGAGCGGGUUGUGGGGGUCACAAUCUAGGAAAAGGCAAGAGAUGAGGGAGGGGAUUGAAAUAGUCCUGGCGUUUUAUUUUUCAGAUCCAAUGCUUUUCUUUUCACUGACUCCUCAUCCCAUAUUAUUCCUCAAUGGCCCUUCUAGCAUAAGGAUCACAAAAAAAUUGCCCCCUCCUCCCAAUCUAUUACCUAGACCGGCACUCCUUACUAGCUAGAAGCUGCCAAGCAGCUGGCUGGGAAAGAAAAGCGAGAGGGCUCCUCCGGGAAUGGGUAGCGAGAAAGGUGGCGUCUCUUAACGUCUCUUAACGGAUUUAACCUCCUACCCUGAGUUCCACGACGCCACUCCCUCCCUCCAAAGACUGGGAGGGCGCCUCCAUUUUUGUUUUGGGGCGGAAGGGCAGGGUCUUCUGGAUAGAAGGGGUCAAAGGAAACGGUCAUUGUCACCUGGGAGGGGGAGGAGGUACAGUCCUCCUCUUUCCCUCAGUCUGCACCCCUUGCACGCCACCCCCACCUUCAAGGGGUCUCCCCCCCCUUGUUGCUAAGGCCCAGGCCGUCAUCCCAGCAACAGCCUCAGUCAUGUGACCGGCAAUGGCGGCGCUGACGAGAGUCCUGGUGAGCUGAGUGUGGAAAUAGAGGGAUUCCUGCUGCUGUCAUCGUCCAUGGGCUUUCCAGGUCACACCACCUACAAGUAGGGAGCAGGGAGAGAGACAGAGAGCCUGCAUGCCAUUUCUAAGCUCUUCAGGAUCAAAAAUGGCAGCCUGUGGAGGCACCUGCAAGAACAAAGUGACUGUCUCCAAGCCUGUGUGGGACUUCCUGAGCAAGGAGACCCCAGCCCGGCUGGCCCGGCUUCGGGAGGAGCAUCGUGUGUCCAUCCUCAUAGAUGGCGAGACUUCUGACAUCUAUGUUCUCCAGCUUUCCCCACAGGGCCCUCCCCCGGCCCCUCCCAAUGGGCUCUACCUGGCCCGGAAAGCUCUCAAGGGGCUGCUAAAAGAGGCAGAGAAAGAGCUGAAGAAAGCUCAGAGGCAGGGGGAGCUUAUGGGCUGCCUGGCUUUGGGGGGUGGGGGGGAGCACCCUGAGCUGCACCGCCCAGGCCCACCCCCUCUCCGAGCAGCCCCACUCCUGCCCCCAGGGGCACGGGGUCUUCCCCCUCCUCCUCCUCCCCUGCCCCCUCCUCUUCCUCCCCGCCUUCGGGAGGAGGCAGAAGAGCAGGAGAGCACCUGCCCCAUCUGUCUGGGGGAGAUCCAGAAUGCCAAGACAUUGGAGAAGUGCCGGCACUCAUUCUGUGAAGGCUGUAUCACCCGGGCCCUGCAGGUGAAAAAGGCCUGCCCCAUGUGUGGCCGCUUCUAUGGGCAGCUGGUGGGCAACCAGCCCCAGAACGGGAGGAUGCUUGUCUCUAAGGACGCCACACUCCUACUGCCCAGCUAUGAGAAAUAUGGCACCAUCGUCAUCCAGUAUGUCUUCCCACCCGGUGUCCAGGGGGCCGAACACCCAAACCCAGGAGUUCGGUAUCCAGGCACCACACGGGUGGCCUACCUCCCGGACUGCCCUGAGGGCAACAAGGUGCUGACCCUGUUUCGCAAGGCGUUUGACCAGCGUCUCACCUUCACUAUUGGCACGUCCAUGACCACAGGAAGACCGAAUGUCAUCACCUGGAAUGACAUCCACCACAAGACCAGCUGCACAGGGGGACCCCAGCUGUGCGACACUCCUUCAUUUCCCUUCCUUUGGCUCCGCCCCUUCGGUCCAUUUCCACUGAGGGAACAACAUCAUCCCCCUCCUUCUGGGAGCCUCCUAACUGGAGAGGACCACCCCCAAACUAUUCAACCAUCUCUUCCAUCUGUUUCUCCUACAUUCAUCCUGGUCCUGAUGUGACCAGCUUAACUACAGAAAUAAUUGGGCUAAGUUAUCUUGGGUUUGGAUUACCUUAGGGGAGGGGGAGCGGGGCCACAGUGGGGUACCCAGAAUGAGUGUGAGCAUUGGGGUAAUAUGAGUAAAGCCGAACAGCUAACCCUGACUCACAUUUCUCUUGCUCCCAGGUUUGGGUACCCGGACCCCACCUACCUGACCCGGGUACAAGAGGAGCUGAGAGCCAAGGGUAUCACAGAUGACUGAAGGACACCCCCUUUGCCAAGGCCCCUGGCAUUCUCUUCCACUAGGACCCAACGGAAGCCUAUGUUCUCCUCUCUCCCUCUGCCCCCCCACACCACAGAGUAGGGGACCUGUCUGACUAGGGAAGGAGUUCAGAGAGGGAGGGGGUAAUCCCUUCCUCUGUCUCCUACAGGCCAAGUGCUUCAGUGCAGUGUGAGCCACUCCCUUCUGACAGAUGCUGAUCUGGAAAGCUCUGCUCCCCUCCUCCCCUUGUACAUACUCCCAGUCUUCCUGCCCCCUCCGUUGCCCUUGGCUUUUUCUGGUAUGUGCUGUGCUCCAGUGACUAAGCUGAGAAAGGACCUGGGUGGGAUGGGGAAGGUCUCUUGAACACGCCCCUCGCCCCAUACUGUUGACUGCUGAACUUCUGUGCAGGGGAGCCAUGCCAUGUGUGUUCUUCAGAAGCAGUUCCCCAGCUACCUUAACCUUGUCCUUUCCUAUGUCUGUUUCUGUCAGUCUGUCUUUCACCCGCUCUUCUCUGCCCCCUAUAAAGAGCCUCCUUACCCUGUUCUGGAAUCGCUGCCAGACUGUAGCUUUUAAUUUAAUAAAAAUAAAGUAAAAUAUGCAACUCUA